GGAGUCUUGUCCAGUAAGGAAACUUGACCGGUCAAGUUUACAUUAGAUGAAUUAGGCACCACCCAUUCAAACACAGAGGUUUUUUAGAUGCAGCCAACAGAGUAUUGGGGAAUAUUUCUUAGAAAAUGCAUAGGUUGGAUGCUUGGUGAGAGCUUAUACUGGACCAUGUUUAUAUAACUAACUCUGCACAGCUCAUUUCAGGGGACAGGGGGAAAAAUCCGUUGCAAAUUCCUCUGUAACCUCAACAAGUAACUUGUUAGCAGGAAAUGGGUUGGAUGGAUCCUAUUUCUGUGUUGUUCCUAUGUGCCCUCGCAUUCCUUUGGAAAUGGAGCUAUUUCCGAAAGAGCAGCACCCAGAAACUUCCACCAGGACCACGCCCUUUGCCACUCAUUGGAAAUCUCCACCUCAUGGAUCUGAAGAGGCCAUAUGGAAACUUGUUAAAGUUCUCUAAACAGUAUGGCCCUAUCUUCAGCAUCCAAAUGGGAUUCCAGAAAAUGGUUGUUCUGACGGGCUACAAGACAGUGAAGGAGGCUUUGGUGAACCAGGCAGAUGCCUUUGCAGACAGGCCCAUAACCCCAUUGUUUGAAGACUUUGAUCAUGGCUGUGGUGUCAUUCUUUCUAAUGGUGAGAACUGGAAAGUGAUGAGGCGGUUUGCAAUAAGCACGUUAAGGGACUAUGGAAUGGGCAAGAAGACCAUAGAAGACAAGAUCAUUGAGGAGUGCCAUUUCCUAAUCCAGAAGUUUGAAUCUUUUGAAGGAAAACCAUUUGAGACUACCACAAUCAUGAACUCUGCCACCGCCAAUAUUAUAGUGACCAUUUUACUCGGCAAGCGAUAUGAAUAUGAAGAUCCCACGUUUAUGAGAUUACUGAAUUUAUACGAUGAAAACGCCCGGCUCUUGGGAAGUCCCUCAGUCAUGCUAUACAACAUAUUCCCUGUCCUGGGUUUUCUUUCUGGUGCUCGCAAGGCUAUCCGUAAGAACAGAGAUGAAUUUUUUGCCUUCAUACAGACCACCUUCAUAGAACACCUCAAAGAACUGGAUGUGAACGACCAGAGAAACCUUAUAGAUACUUUUCUAAUCCAACAGCAAGAGGAAAAGAACAAGAACCAGAGCUAUCAAUUUUUCCAUAAUGAAAACCUAAAACUUCUUGCUGAGAACUUAUUUGCUGCUGGCAUGGAGACCACUUCAGCUACCUUGCGUUGGGGCCUGUUGCUGAUGACGAAAUACCCUGAAAUUCAGAAGAAAGUGCAAGAAGAAAUAACAAAGGUGAUCGGAUCAGCUCAGCCAUGGAUAGAGCACCGAGCAAAACUGCCCUACACGGAUGCUGUGAUUCACGAAGUUCAGAGGUUCGCUAAUAUUGUGCCUAUUAGCAUUCCACAUGCCACCACCGUAGAUGUCACGCUUGGAGGCUACUUCAUUCCAAAGGGAACACAAAUCAUUCCAUCGCUGUACUCUGUGCUGUAUGACGAAUCUGAGUGGGAGAAACCCUUUCAGUUCUAUCCUGAGCACUUCCUUGAUUCCGAAGGAAAGUUUGUCAAGAGAGAUGCCUUCCUGCCUUUCUCUGCAGGUCGGCGAACAUGUGCUGGAGAGAACCUUGCCAAAAUGGAGCUCUUCCUCUUCUUUGUGAGUCUCCUGCAGAGAUUCACUUUCCAGCCAGCCCCUGGGACGUCAGAAGAAGACUUGGACCUGACCCCUGCAGCUGGAUUUACGACACCCCCAAUACCUUUCAGUUUCUGUGCUUUGCUACGUUCUUAACAUCCCACCAUGCUUACUUUCCCUCUACACACUAUCCUCCUCUUCUGCACCGUUUUACUUAAUAAGGACAUUUCAGAUUCAGCAGAAGCGGACGAUGUUUUGUCACAAACCUCGGCGUUUCAUAUACCCAUCUGUGGAACUCUUACAAGCUAGACAUGACUUGGUUCAAAAAUUGGACUUCACUUCUUGAAUUGUUUGCUUUACGAUAACAGUGUUUCUGUGUCUGAUUUCUUGUGUCGACACAUUACCGACGUCUUUCAAUCCCCAAAACAACCAACGUGAGCUAAUGGCAAUCAUAUAUUUCCAAGUCAGACUCUUUCAAUGGUACAAGCUGUGUGGACAAAAUAAAUCCCAUUACUGUUGGGUUUUACAUAUGAAAUCUGCUUCACAGAUGUGGAAGGCCACUUGGUAUUCUUACCCAUUUUGCUAAUUCUGGGUUUUGUUUGAGCAAUUCCACAGCCUCAGGUCGGAGGAGGUUAUACAAAACGAUGACCACUGUUCACUGAAUGAGUAAGCAAACCCAGCUGAUUUCUUGGUGAAACUUUGUGGUUGAGAAAGAGCUGCAGAAAAUUAAAGGUAAUGGCUUUGAUCCAGUAGGGCUUUUCUGCAUGCCAGGAAGGCGUUUUCUCAGAGACAGUCCAGACUGGUUCAGUAGAAUGGUAAGAUAUGAACAUUCUGAACAUUCAUUUAUUUGUUUGGCUUUCAGUCACGGUCUUGAUUACCAACUACUUUGAGGGCACAUCUGUCUCUUCCGUCUUUCUAUUCUUAUCAUAGGCAGUUUAAUGACCCUUGUUAACGGUGCUAUAUGGACCUGUCGUUGCAAUUAUGAAACACGGUGUAUAUUAAAGUUGUCAACAUUAGUACUAACAAAAAUAAUUUACCAGUG